AUGGAUACUAUUGACGAAGAGCAAUAUGUUCUUGACCAAGCAAAUCACCCUUUGAAGUUGGACGAGUUCAUCAAGAGCAAACGUCGGUUCAUCGCGUCAAUAAUGGAUCUCAGUGAGAAUUAUAAAGACUUGUGGUCUGCGCGUUUUGCAAAGAUUGUCCGCAAACAUAACUUGACUGCUAAAUCCCAGGUUGACUGGGGUGUGCUGACCAUAGCAUUUUUCGAACAUUUAUCCAAAAACCAAUCGGCAACCCCUUCAGAAGCAUCAUCAACAAAAAAUACCACCACCACCAAUAAUACCACCCCGAAACUAAAAGAAGGCGACUAUAAGAAGUUUGACGCGAUGUACCAAAGUCUCAAUCGUAACACCUUUUGGACACUUAGUACUGGGACGGUGGUGGAAGAUAAAGUUAAGGAGCUUGCCAUGAAACUGUCCAACGAACAAGGGCUUAUCGAAACGGACCUAUACAAGAUUUUGUUUGCUGAGUUUAAAUUAUCGUCUAUUUUUUAA